UCUGAACGGUCAGAUGUCGAUUUUGAAUGAGAUCGUAUCCGUCGCCGUGGGUUUCUACAAACGUAUUCAAGCUCUGAUGUCUAGUGACCAAUCACCACCCGUUGAAACUCCGUUGCUUCAUCAAGAACAACCUCCGCCCGACGAAGAAGACGACGACCUCGGUCAAACACUACGAAGGCUAGAGAUGUUUCUGACGCUCCUCGGGUUUAGCCAGUCGUCAACGCGAAGCCUUGUCUUGUCGUGGAUCGUGUUUUUGACGAUCGGUUUGGUGCUGCCGGUGACAGUGUUGGAGCUAGGACAUUGUGAAGGGUGUGAGAGGUAUCAGAACAAGAGCUUCGAACUCAACAUCGUUGUCUCGCAGGCGUGUCUGGCUGGUGUGUCUCUGCUCUGCGUUUCGCAUAAUUUGAGGAAGUAUGGGAUUAGGGAGUUUUUGUUCGUUGAUCAACUCAGUGGUCGUAUGGGACGGCUCAAGGAUCACUAUAUGCAGCAAAUCUCGAACUCUGUGAAACUGCUUGGACUAUGGUCGCUCAUAUGUGUUGUUCUGAAAGCUGUUCGAGAGAUUAUUCGGAUGUUAUAUGUACCUCAUGACCAGCCGUGGCUAUCUGUUUUUAUCCUCUUAUCUAUGAUCUUAUCAUGGACUUACUUAAGCACUAUAUUUCUAGCUGCAAGCUCCAUGUUUCAUUUGGUCUGCAACUUGCAAGUCAUUCACUUUGAAGAUUACGCAAAGCUCUUAGAUGAGGAGUCCGAAAUCUCCUUUUUCAUCGGCGAGCACACUAAUUUGCGCCGUUACCUAUCCAAAAUAAGCCAUAGGUUCCGCAUCUUUCUGGUUCUGCAGUUUCUAGUUGUUACAGCUAGCCAGUUCACUACACUUUUCCAGACCACUGCGUACAGUGGGCGUAUCACUUAUAUAAACGGUGGUGAUUUUGCUGUCUCGGCGGUGGUCCAAGUUGUUGGAAUCAUAUUAUGUCUACACGCGGCAACGAAGAUAUCUCACAGAGCUCAAGCAAUAGCAUCAGUUGCAAGUAAGUGGCAUGCGAUAAUGUCUUGCUCAUCUACGGAUUCAACUCAAAUAAGGGCUUCUCCUAGUGGAGUUCACUUGGAAGCCACCACGAAUCCACCCGUCUCCUUUCGGAUUUCCAAUUCAGAAAGUGAUAUGGAAUCAAUGGAUCACUACAUGCGGAUGCCUGCUUGUAAUAACAGCCACUUUCCUUCAUACAUGUCCAUGUCUUCAUAUCACAGAAGACAAGCUUUCGUGUUGUAUUUGCAGAUGAAUCCAGGUGGGAUAACGAUAUUCGGAUGGACAGUAGACAGGCAUCUGAUUAACACAAUAUUCUUCAUUGAGCUCUCUCUUGUUACCUUUGUACUUGGGAGGACUGUAGUUUUCACUUCUGAAUGACCACAACAAAAACAAAGGUUUGGUGUAUCAUACACAGUUUCUUUAACCCUUUUGCCACAUAUGUAACAUUUUUAAUUUUUUUUGAGAGGAGAAGAAACUUGUCAUGAGCUUCUAUUAAUUUGCUUACGUGUACAGUGUAUUAUAAGCUUUUAUUGGCGAGGCUUUGAUUGAUUUUUUCUUAUACA